GUCAUCGGUGGUAGCGAUGGGAACGAAGCACUGAGAAGCGUUGAAGAAUACCGCGAGAGCGUGGGGAAGUGGCGCGUCGUAGAUCCCAUGAGCGUUCCGCGCAUUUGGUGCGCGUCGACGAUGAUCGACGGCGUGACGUUUGCGUGCGGAGGAUACGACGGGGAGUACUACUUACACUCCAUGGAAGCGAACAAGACCGGUGUGGGUUCGCAACCUUCGUCGUCCUGGGUCACCUGCGCUCCGAUGAGCGAAGGUCGCGCCACGCUCGGCGUCGCCAACCUUGGCGGGAAGCUCUACGCCGUUGGUGGAUUCAGCGGCACGGGAGAAAUAUUAGAUCUGUGCGAGGUGUAUGACCCGCGCGCGGAUACGUGGACGACUGGUCAACCUUUGAAGCAUAAGCGUCGGGAUCUGGGCGUGGCGAGCUUGAACGCGCGAGGGAUGAUGCUCACCGUCGGCGGACGCGACGAACGAAGCGUCUUGAACCUUGUCGAGGCACACGAUCCUCGCGAAGCAAAGCGAGGAUGGUGGGACUUAGCCCCGAUGCAUUAUCGUCGACAAUUGCACGCCACCGUGGUGGAUCCUUCCGGUGACGCCGUCUACGCCAUCGGCGGUUUCGACGGCGUGAGUGCCAUCGCGGCGGUGGAGGUGUACGAUGUGCGCGCGAACAAGUGGCGGGAAGUAGCGCCGUGUUCCACGGCUCGUCUCGGC